UUAUCAGUCAACGUUCGUUCUCGACCAGACAGAAAUCAGCCAACAUGUUCAAGUUUGUGAUGAUCUGCGCAGUUUUGGGCCUGGCGGUGGCCAACCCCCCGGUGCCCCAUUCCCUGGGCCGUUCGGAGGAUGUCCACGCCGAUGUCCUUUCCCGAUCCGAUGAUGUUCGUGCCGAUGGAUUCGAUUCCAGCCUGCACACCUCCAACGGAAUCGAGCAGGCCGCCAGCGGUGAUGUCCAUGGCAACAUCCACGGCAACUUCGGCUGGAUCUCACCCGAGGGCGAGCACGUCGAGAUCAAGUACGUCGCCGAUGAGAACGGAUACCAGCCCUCGGGAGCCUGGAUCCCCACUCCUCCUCCAAUCCCGGAGGCCAUCGCCCGCGCCGUCGCCUGGCUGGAGUCCCACCCACCAGCACCCGAGCACCAGCACCACCAUUAGAACCCCUCUGAAAUCGGAUCGCACUACGGACUGUUCCCCGAAGACCUUUCGAACUAUUAGCUUAAGUAAUCUUACUGUUUGUAAAAUA